UAUUUUUGCCGAUUUGAUUUGGAUACUCGUAAGAAGACAUUGGGGAGUGGUGCACCGUGCACUGCACUAAGGUCCUAUAAAUUUGCCUAGGGUUUAUAUUAAUCUUUUCACUGUUCCUCCUACUUUCCAAGCUUCGUGACACACUUUGAUAAGUUUUUUGUGCAGCUCCAAUGGCAACCUCUCAAAUCACUUCAUCAUUGAGGAACUUGCCUGCAUUUGAAAGGUUUCAACCUUCAACGCUUCGAUUUCCUUCUGCUGGGCACGUCAGAAUUGGGACACUGACACAAACCUCGUUUCCCUCUUUCGUUGUCAAAGCCGCCACUGUUGUCGCCCCCAAGCACACCACUGUUAAGCCUCUGGGUGAUAGAGUACUGGUGAAAAUUAAGGAUGCAGAGGAGAAGACUGCAGGUGGGAUUUUACUGCCAGCAACUGCUCAAGGCAAGCCUCAAGGAGGUGAAGUGGUUGCUGUUGGGGAUGGGAAGUCGGUUGGGAAGAGCAAAGUGGAUGUUAGUGUGAAGACAGGUUUGCAGGUUGUGUAUUCAAAGUAUGCAGGGACUGAGGUGGAGUUCAAUGGUUCAAAACAUCUUAUUCUGAAGGACGAUGACAUCAUUGGUAUCCUUGAAACAGAUGAGGUCAAGGAUCUUAAACCCUUAAAUGAUAGAGUCUUGAUAAAGGUUGCAGAAGCGGAUGAAAAAACUGCUGGAGGGUUGUUGCUCACAGAGGCAACCAAGGAAAAACCAUCUAUUGGAACAGUGAUAGCAGUUGGUCCGGGGCCUCUGGAUGAGGAAGGUAAUAGAAAGCCAUUGUCUGUCGCCCCCGGGAAUACAGUUCUGUACUCCAAGUAUGCAGGGAAUGACUUCAAGGGCAAAGAUGGUUCUGACUACAUUGCCUUGAGGGCCUCAGAUGUCAUGGCUAUCCUGUCCUAGUCAGUAUUUAGUAGCAAAUAUUUUUUUGUUCCCUAACCCAAAAUUUUGAGUUAAUGCCGAGGGAAAUGGAUAUUUAUGUUGUGAAGACAGCUUGAAAUAUAGUUGAUUGCAACUCUGUUCCUUAGACAAUUUUGCGUUAAAUUGAAACGUUUGAAAUAUAUUAUUUUCUACGGCCUUUCAA